GGUAUGUCUCUGAAUUCUGUAGGGUAGGUCAAAACCAAGUCGAAAGGUAGGUGUUGUCGCAAGGCAAUUGGUUAAACGUUUUAUGAGGUUUGUUAUUUCGUCGAUAACGUGGAAAUUUGUAAUAAUUUAAUUCCAUUGCAUAAUUCGUUGAAAUAUGGCGGAUCCUAGAGUAAAAGUUAUUAAAAUCAAGACAGGUGUCGUGAAACGUCUGACGAAGGAAAAAGUGGUAUAUGAACAAGAAGCAGAGAAACAAAAAGAGAGAGUCCAGAAACUGAAAGAAGAAGAAAAAGAUGAACAUAUUAUACGGAAACAAGAAGAAGUAUUGCAAGAGUCUAUGAUGAUGGUUCCAGAUUGCCAGCGACGCUUAUGGAAGGCUUAUGAGGAACUCAAGGGAAUAAUUGACAAUGAAUCAGACAUGGCUGAAAAUGAAGAUUAUAUGGCAGCUGUGAAGGCUUUGGAAGAUGCGAAACCUCAGCUGCCAACAAUAAUGGCAAACAUGUCUUAA